CGACGAUGGGCGAGACGAACGGCAAGGCGGCGAUUGCCUGGAUAACGAUGGAGGUGCCGAAGGAGCCAAGCAUCAUGCGAGAUAAAGUGCGGUCAUUCUGCCGCUCCAACAACAACAGCUCAACGCUCAAUGUCAUCGCACCUGAGCUCGUCGCGUUCUCUGUCGAGUGUCCUGGGCAAAUCAACUCCUCGACCACCACCAUCACAUGGACGUAUGUGCCGAGUCCAUCCCUCUCCAGACCCAUCGGGAUUCAGUACGCCACUUGCGUCCAAGAUACAUGCACACCAUUGCUUUACGUCACGGACGCGUCGGCGAGUGUUAUAGUGCAGAAUGCGACCAUCCCUGGACCAGGCAACUAUUCCGUCCACCUUCAGCUCGUUUGGACAACACCGUCGUCCAUGACGGUGGAAUGCGUCGCGUCCACAUCUAUCGAAAUGGUUGCUUCUUCCCCGACAGACUCUUUCAGCACCAGCGGCACAACCCACGUCCUUGUAGUCGUUGGAAUCGUUGCCGCCGCGGCAGUUGUCUUCAUUGCAGUCGGCCGGGUCAUAUACGUUCGUCGUCGGCGCUCGCGAUCAAAAGAAGGUAUAGCGCUCGACACUCCCGUCGACGUCGCGCCGACUGCCUCCCUCGUGCCUCCAUCGGCCGGACGUCCCUCGUCGUGGUUCGAAGCCGUCUACAACAACGACCACAGCCUCCCCACCUCCAUUCUCCACGACGACCGGUUCACGCGCGCCAUCCUCCGAAGUAGCGUGCCGUCAGACAAAGACAUGAGUUUCCACUCUCACUCGGAGCUCUUCGAUACGACUUCCCUCCACGACGACACUCCCGCGAUCUCGGUCGCAACGUCGUCUUCGUGCACGUCCCUGUCGAACCUCAUGCAGACUCCCUGGCAUGACUUCAACCAAGGCCGAUCCCCCGGCAACAGCAGCUACAACUCGAGCCUCAACUCGUCGCGGUUUGACCAUUACCUGACGUCCGAUCUCGAGGAGUAACAAGAAGAUGGGCUGUAUGAACAGUGUUCAUUAUGUACA